AUGGAAUCUGUGGAGAACGUUUCGAAUGAUAAAAUUAAAGAAAAUGGUGAGGUAAUGCCACAUGGUGGAGUAAGCCUAAACGAAGUGAUAGAAUCUGUGUGCACUGUUACACCUAGUGAGGAUGGGAAAAGGGAGGGGAAAGUAAGGAGUAAAGAAAAAAUGAUGAAAAGGCUGACAAAAGAUAAAGUAUGUUUUGAUAUUUUUUCAUAUCUAAGGCAUAUAUAUAAGAAGUACGGUUUGUAUGAUGAAGAAAUAGAAAGAUUUUUGUUGUUUGUUAAGAAAAGGAGAGCAAAAUUAAAAAAAAAGGUUUUAUGUAAAGUGAAAAAAAUAGAAAAUAAAUAUUUAACUAAGGUAUACGAAACAGAUAUAGAGGAUGAGAAAUAUUUUGAAUUGUUACUGUUAGAUGUUGAAGCUUGUAGAUGUAGAUAUAUACAAAUAAAGACACAUGUAAACGAAUUAAAGAUUCCAUAUAGAUCUAAAUACAGGUAUAUAAGACGAAUAAGAAGAGCUUUAGAUAAAGUCAAAUUUUUAGGUACACUUGUAAAUAAAAACUCGGUUGAUGCAAAUACAGAAUUGCAAGUAAAAUGUUAUCAAACAUAUAUUGAAAUAUCUUACCUUCUAGAAAUGAAAAAGUAUGAAGAGUGCAUUUUAAAAGUGGAAGAGUUUACAAAACUUAUAAAGUUAAUAAAGCGAAUUACGCUUAACAUGUUUACAAAUAUUAACAAGGAAAGAAACGAAGAAGUGGGUAUAACUGAUGGGAUUGGAAAUAUUGGAGGAGGGGGUGGAGUUAACCAAAUUAGUACAAACGAAAAUAGUAAAAGUAAAGUAGUAGAACGUAGUAUUAAACACACCUUUGAUGGAAUGGAAAAAAACGAGUUGAUGAUAAAGAGCAACGUACUUAUUGAAGAGGAAAAAAGGAUAGAACAAAUAUUUGAUUAUUUUAUAUCAACUGUUAACUCAUAUGAACGUAUAUGUACAUAUAAUUUAAAAAAAAAUAAAUCAAGCAAUUUUAAUGAAAAAAGGCAGGAUGAAAACUUAGCUGAAGAAGUAAAUAACAUUACAGAAAUAAAAAUGAGUGAGGACACAACUACUUGUGGCUCAAAGCUGGAAAUUCACUGUAUCGACAAUGUAAUAACAAUUAAAUUAAAAUGUAGUAUAUUUGAAAUAAAGGAUUGUGAACAUAAUAGUAGUUCUAACAGAAGUAGUAAUAAUAGUGGAAGUAGCAUUGCGAGUGUAUUAAGAAUAAAAAAUAUUUUGGAAGGUUUGAAAAGCGUCGUGCAAGAUGAGGAGUUCACAACAUUAAAUGUAGACGUUAACAUAAAAGAUAUUACUAGAGACGAUAAUUUUCCACUUUUCAAAUUUUUAAAAGAAUUGGAUAUAAAUUUUACUAUAAAUGAGUAUAGAAGUAUUUUUGGGAAAUAUUUCGAAUGCUUGUCAGUAGUACAUGAACAGUUAAUUAAAUCAACUAAUGAAAAUAAUAAAUUAUCAAAUGAUGACAGACUGAUGGAAAAAAUAUGGACAGAACUAGAAAAUUAUUUACUUUCACAAAAAUUAUAUAUAGAUACAGAAAGGAUACUCCUAGUAUUGAUGAAAAAUUUUUAUCAUGUAUACACAAAGAGUGGUUCAAAAAAUAUUUCAUUUGUUAAUAAAAAGACGUUAAAGGAUAUUGUAGAUGAAAUGCCAGAACUACAUACAAAUAUUAUUAGAUAUGCUGAUAUACUAAAACAAAAUAUUGAAGAAUUAAAAAAUUUAGAAAAUAAUGACAGUUUUAUUAAUAUAUUUCAAAUAAUAAAAAAUGUUAAGUCUUUAUGUCUAGCUUGUUAUUAUGCUAUGAAUAAUAAAAAUGCAGAAGCCCAUGUAUUAUUUGAUUUAAUUAAAACUAGAAAUUAUAUAUAUAUUAAACUUAACAGUAUGCAAAUAUAUAAUAACUCCCUAUUUCGUGUAUCCGUACUUUUUAAUAAUUUACAAAAUUUAGUUUCAAUUAUUAAUGAAAUAUAUUACUUUAGACAUUUGGCCAUAUAUGCAUUACAAGUAAAAACCAAAUCAUUAGCAAACGAACAUAAUUUAUUCUAUUUAGAUAAUUCUUUUUUUCAACGCAAAAUGAGUUAUAUAUCGUUGAAUCCAUUGCAUAUUGAUAUGACGCAAAUGUGUUGUGAAGAUUCAUUACUUAACCCCGAUCUGCAAAAGGAGGAAAAAUCAUCGGGCAUUAGAGGACUUCUAUGGUCCUUCUGGAAAUAG